AGAGCUAGCUCUUAUGCUCCACACAAAAUUAGUUUAAUCAUAUACAAUAAAUUCAUAAUGAAAAUAUCAUCAAUAGCUUUCCCAUGCCUUGGAAUGGCUUUCAUGGCAUUUUUUCUGGUUUCGUGUAAUGCAGCACCUGCUAUUGUGCGUGACAUGAAUGGUGACAUACUCCGAGAGGGCGCUAACUACUACAUCAUUAUGCCGGUGGACCACGGAAAGGCCGGUGCAGUAACUUUGUCGAGCAGGAAUGGCUCCUGCCCGCUUGAUGUCGUUCAGAGCAAAUAUGGGACCGAUAAAAGAUACCUUAACAUUUUCUCAUUCACACCAGUUAAUCUCAAAACAGGCGUGGUUCGUGAGUCGACUGAUCUUAACAUCGAAGCUGCAGGUGGAUCAUACUGCGGAAAGCCGGUCUGGAAGCUAGACAGUUACGGGGGAGAGUUUGUUGUGAGUACCCUGGGAGUAAAAGGAAAUCCUGGAGCUAAAACUAUAGGCAACUGGUUCAAGAUUGAAAAAUAUUUGAAUCACUACAAGUUUGUGUAUUGCCCAUCAGUAUGCAAAACUUGCAAAGCAAUGUGCAAAGACAUCGGCAUUUCGAGGAAGGGUAAGAGUGGAAGAUUGGUUCUUAAUGAUAAACCAUUCAUGGUUUCAUUCAAGAAGUUCUAAAUGUUUUAUACCGACUCGGCGGUAUUUCAAAAAUCAUAUAGCAUAAUAUUGUUAUGUUAUGGUUGAUUUCAAAUAAAUGGAUCAAAUCCGAUCCACAAUGAAUAUCAUGAAAUAAAUUCUGUUUUUUUAAUAUAUAUAAAUACGAGAACUUUAAUA